AUGAAUCAGGAGAAUCAGACAAUGGUGACUUUGUUUCAUUUCUCUGAUUUCCCCCAGCUUGAGAAUGGCAGCCUCUUAUUCUUCAUCCCUUUGCUCUUUAUCUACAUAUUCAUUAUUGUUGGAAAUUUCAUCAUCUUCUUUGCUGUUCGGCUGGACAAGCGUCUGCACAACCCCAUGUACAAUUUCAUCAGCAUCUUCUCCUUUCUGGAGAUCUGGUACACCACUGCGACCAUCCCCAAGAUGCUCUCCAACCUGGUCAGUAAGCGGAAGACCAUCUCUUUCACUGGGUGCCUCCUGCAGAUGUAUUUUUUCCACUCCCUUGGGGUCUCAGAGGGCCUAGUUCUCACACUGAUGGCCAUUGACAGGUAUGUUGCCAUAUGUAACCCCCUCCGCUACGCAAUCAUUAUGACCCCUCAACUGUGCAUUCAGCUGUCCACUGCCUCCUGCAUUUUUGGCUUUGUUAUGCUGCUUCCAGAGAUUGUGUGGAUUUCUACUCUUCCUUUCUGUGGCCCCAAUCAAAUCCAUCAACUCUUUUGUGACUUUGAACCUGUGCUGCGCUUGGCCUGUGCAGACACAUCAAUGAUUCUUGUUGAAGAUGUAAUCCAUGCUAUUUCCAUUCUGACAUCUGUCUCCAUCAUCACCCUUUCCUAUUUAAAGAUCAUCACCGUGAUCUUGAAGAUUCCCUCAGGUGAGAGCCGUCAGAAAGCAUUCUCCACUUGUGCAGCACAUAUUACUAUUUUCUUGAUGUUUUUCGGCAGUGUGGCAUUCAUGUACCUACGCUUCUCCAUCACAGUCCCACCACUUCUUGACAAAGCCUUUGCACUGAUGUUUGCUGUCCUUGCUCCAUUUUUCAACCCAAUAAUCUAUAGUCUGAGGAACAAAGACAUGAAAGAGGCCAUCAAGAAAAUCCUAUGUUCUCAAAAGAUGUCCAAUGUCUUUGGGUGCUGA